AUUGAGAGCAAGGCGAGCUCCAUGCCAGCCGCAACUUCGCGACUGCCUGCCGUGCAUACGCAACUCCAUCUCUUCCGGAUAUGGGAGCCUAGCUGAUCUCGUAGAUUUAAAAUCUUUAGAGGCAUCUCAAAUUCCAUUGCCCAUCCCUCGACCAACUGCGUACAAACCACCACCAUCCCCAACCGUCAAGAUGCCGACCCCCUCCCCCACACUCGUGCCCCGAAUCAAAGUCCAGCUCAAGCUCUCCAUCGCGCGGCUGCGCAUGGUGCAGAAGCGGGACGAGGCGCUCGCCAAGACGCAGCGGCGCGCCAUGGCAACGCUGCUGGAGCAAGGGAAGACCGACUCGGCGCGCAUCCGCGUCGAGAACAUCAUCCGCUCCGACAUCAUCACCGAGCUGCACGAGGUGCUCGAGCUGUACUGCGAGCUGCUGCUCGCCCGCGCCGGCCUGCUCGAGGCCCCGCCCCCCUGCGACCCCGGCCUCGAGGAGGCUGUGAAGAGCAUCAUCUAUGCCGCGCCCAAGACGGAUGUGAAGGAGCUGGCCGCCGUGCGCGCGCUGCUGGCGGAGAAGUUUGGCAAGGAGUUUGUGCUGCAGGCGAUGGAGAAUGAGGGGGGUUGUGUGAGUGACCGGGUCGUGCGCAAGUUGAGUGUGGCGCCGCCGAAGGAGGAGCUGGUGCAGGGGUAUCUGGAGGAGAUUGCCAAGGCGUAUGGGGUGGAUUGGCCGCCGGGGAGGAGGGCUGAGGAGGAGUUGGGGGAGCCACCCGGGUUUGAGGACGGGGGGGAGGACGACGGUGAAGGGGGUGGGCAGCGCGCGGGGCAGGCGGAGAAGUCGCUGCUGGGGGAGGAUGAGGAGGCCGACGCGAGGGAGGAGCUGAGCAUGGCGACGCCGCCGAGGAAUUUUGGCCCCUCGAGCCCGCUACAUGUCAACCCGCCGAGUGCGUCGACGGAUAAUAUCCACCCGAAGGUGACGCUCAACAAGGUGGAGCUGACGCCGACGAAGAAGCCGGCGGCUGCUGCUAGUAGGAAGCCCGUGGAGAAGAAGCCGAGUAUUGCGGACGGGGUACCGGAUGUGGACGAGUUGGCGAAGAGGUUUGCUGCGCUGAAGAGGUAG